UUUAUUGGAUACCAACCACCAUUAAACCUCAUCAAAGAAGAAGAAGAAUUUAUUUCGCGGAACCAUACAAUCUAACGACACUUCCUGCACGGACCCUAUUUGCUGUGAACAGGAGUAAUCAUGGCGUUCAAUUUUGGCGGCGCUGCCACCAACCCAGCAACAGGUCUUGCAGCCCCUGGUUUCGGGACCACCACCACUGCUGCGGCCCCCGCUGGCUUCGGCGGCUUUGGCACCACCACCACAGGUGCUUUUGGGGGUUUUGGGACAACCACUACAUCCGCUGCUGCGCCUGGGUCAACUUUCAGCUUCGCCGCUCCUGCAAGCACAACAGGAGGACUGUUUGGUAAUACCCAGAAUAAGGGAUUUGGGUUCUCCUCUGGGCUGGGCACUGGCACUACUGCUGCAGCUGGGUUUGGAACAGGUCUGGGGACAACUCUAGGAGGUGGAUUUGGUGGCUUCAAUAUCCAGCCACAGCAGCAACAGCAAGGAAGCUUUUUUGGGCAGCAGGCCCAGGCCCCGGCCCAGUCUAAUCAGCUCGUCCACACAGCUAACGCCCUGUCUGCCCCCACCCUGCUUGGGGAUGAGAGAGAUGGCAUCUUGGCCAAGUGGAAUCAGCUCCAGGCCUUCUGGGGAACAGGCAAGGGCUAUUUCAACAACCAACUCCCCCCUGUAGACUUCACACAGGAGAACCCUUUCUGCAGGUUCAAGGCGGUGGGCUACAGCUGUAUCCCAGGCAGUAAGGAUGAGGAUGGUCUGGUUGUCCUGGCCUUGAAUAAGAAGGAGGCUGAUGUUCGUAGCCAACAGCAGCAGCUGGUUGAGUCUCUACACAAGGUGCUGGGAGGGAACCAGACUCUCACCGUCAACGUAGAGGGAGUCAAAGCCCUGCCUGAUGACCAGACGGAGGUGGUGAUCUAUGUGGUGGAGCGUUCUCCUAACGGCACAUCUAAGAGGAUCCCAGCUACAACACUGUACAGCUAUGUAGAGCAGGCUAACACCAAGGCCCAGCUCACACAGCUAGCAGUUUUCAUGUCUGUUACACGCACUGAGCUCUCACCAGCACAGCUCAAACAGCUGCUGGCGAAUGCACCAGCAGGUGUGGAUCCAAUCAUUUGGGAACAGGCAAAGGUGGAUAACCCUGAUGCGGACAAGUUGAUCCCCGUCCCCAUGGUUGGUUUCAAAGAACUACUCCGCAGACUGAAGAUUCAGGACCAGAUGACCAAACAGCACCAGUCCAGAGUAGAUAUCAUCUCUAAUGACAUCAGUGAACUGCAGAAGAACCAGGCAACAACAGUGGCUAAGAUCGCUCAAUACAAGAGGAAGCUGAUGGAUCUCUCUCACAGAGUACUACAGGUGCUGAUCAAGCAGGAGAUUCAGAGGAAGAGUGGCUAUGCCAUCCAGGUGGAUGAGGAGCACCUAAGAGUGCAGCUGGACACCAUCCAGUGUGAACUCAAUGCCCCCACGCAGUUCAAGGGGCGUCUGAACGAGCUGAUGUCUCAGAUCCGGAUGCAGAACCACUUUGGGGCGGUACGCUCAGAGGAACGAUAUAGUGUGGACGGAGACCUUCUCAGAGAGAUCAGACAGCACCUGAAGCAGCAGCAGGAGGGUCUGAGUCAGCUGAUCAGUGUGAUCAAAGAUGACGUGGAAGACAUCAAACUGAUAGAACAUGGCCUCCUGGACAGACUCGGCUGACCUCAAAGGUCCUCCCAGGCCCCACGUGACCCUGAAUCUCUCUCUCACUGCUGACAAAAGUUAAAGGUUUAUGCCUCUUCUUAGCAAGGCAUAUAUCUGUCUUUUCUAUGGUCUGUCUGUCUUCAACUCAGAGGUGCUUUCUCACACAGAUUAAUCCUUGUCCUGGACUAAUGGCUCAAUAUUGAAUCUCAAUCAAAAAUCCUUUUUAGUCCAGGACUAGGUAUCAUUUUUGUCUUGGAAACUGCCCCUAAAACCCCCAAACAUCUAAACUGGAACAAGACUGCCUUAGAAAAACUGGACACUGUCUGGUUGACAGCCAGUGAAAUGUGACUGUUCGACGAUUUGGUGUGAUAUUCAAGUGCGAUAUUCAACACAUUGUAAAUAAAUACGCCUUUUAUUAUUGAUUUAGUAAUAUUUUAUAUGAUUGAAUAAGAAUUAUACACAACCCCAACAUGGUUUAAUAAAAUGUCAUUGAGGAGCCUUUUUCAACAUGA